AGCAACAAUAGCAAUAAGGAACUGAAAACAGGCUUGCUGGCAGGAGCAACAAUAAUAAUAAAUGCGUUCCCUUUUCGUCUUCGGUCGUUUGAAUGCGAUCCGCGAUGCCAGAUCCAUUCAGUUCAGCGUAAACCGGCGACGCGCAAUGACGGCGACGAAUUCCAGUAAAUGUAGCACAUUGCCAGUUGUUGGCUCCAGGCGUUUGGUGGACCUGAGCCAGGAAGAAAGACAAUCGUUUCUAGCCUCGUUUGACUAUGUUCUAACCGAUUGUGACGGAGUGAUUUGGUCCCUUCAGGGUGAAAUUGAAGGCGUUGGAGCAGCCAUAAGCUUGCUGAAAAGCUAUGGGAAAAGUGUUUUCUAUGUGUCGAAUAAUAGCGUUCGAUCGUUGGACAAUUACAAGAAACAGAUUUUGCGACUAGGUCAGGAACCAGAUUUAAGAGAUUUGAACAAUCCAGCUACAAGUGUCAUAAAAUAUCUGAAAUCGAUCAAUUUUACCGGUUUGAUAUACGCUAUUGUUCCAGAGGAGUUUCUCAAGUUGCUUCGAGAGGCCGGAUAUGAAGUCCUUACCGGGCCAGCCGAGCCGAUGUCUGAGUCGUUUCACGUUAUCUUGCCGGCGACUCGUGAUAAGCAGCCAGUUAAGGCGGUGAUAAUUGACUCGGACGUCAACGUAAACAACCUGAAACUUAUGCGUGCCGAAGCAUAUCUGAAGCGUGAUCCAGAUUGUUUAUUCCUGGCCGGAGCGACCGAUUAUGAAAUUGCCGUUGGGAAUGCGUUCACGUUUAUUGGCCCCGGUUAUUAUGUUGAAAUACUAGAACGGGCCACAAGUAGAAAGGCCACCGUUCUGGGGAAACCGAGUCUGGAACUAGGGAAGCUGCUCACCGAUCGGUAUGGUAUCAAAGAUCCUCGAAGAGUUCUGUUCGUUGGAGAUAUGCUUUCGCAGGAUAUCGCCUUUGGGCGAGUCGCCGGAUUUCAGACUCUUCUGGUGCUGACGGGUGGCACUUCGAUGGACCAAUUACUCGCUCUCAAGGAAGGAGAUCAUAUUCCGGACUUUUACACCGACGGAUUUGCAGACCUAGGGAAAUUGGGGGUUCAAAACACACGCGUAUCGAACUUGUGAAUACGAAUUCGUUACACUAGUUUUAAAAUUUUAAGAAAAAAAAGCGUGAACUUCAUCAACUGGUUCAAAUUUUUAAUAUAAAAUCGGGAGCUGAAUCCGAAAAUAAAAUUAAAUAAAAUCUCAGAAGAACAGUUUUUGAGUUAUGCUCCAAAUAUGCAAUUUUGGAAAAAAUACGUAUAUUCAAAUAUCUCGGACU